UAUCCGGUUAUAAUUACCAUGGCGGAACACUAUGGAGAUGGCAUUAUCAGGACGGCCAGUGGUCGCCAGACUUAUGCUCCUGAUGGACUUUUGACCUCAGAUAAGCAUGUACCUCUUGACGAUGAACAGCAGAGCAGGGCUGCCAGCAUUUCUGGAACCACCACUGCACACUCGACCUCAUCAAGCAUCUCAAAUCCCACUGGCGAACCAAAGGAGGACGACGGUCAGAACAGCAAGCCAAAGGCCAAGACUGGUCUUCCAGCAGGUAUCACAGCAGGAUUGAACGAGGAAAACUCCAGCUCUGAAGCAGAUGUUGAGAUGCAAAGAGAACGCACCAAUCGCAGCCACGACGAGAAGAACGACGAGAAGGACGGAGAGGACGGCGAAGAGGAAAAGGACCCCAAUCUGGUUGAGUGGGAUGGUCCCGAUGACCCAGGAAACCCAAUGAACUUCNNCCCCUCUUGGAAGAAGUGGAUGAUUACCGUGGUCGCUGGUUUGAUGACAUUCUCGGUGACUUUCGCCUCGUCCGUUUUCAGUACUGCAACAACUCCUACGUCAAAGUUGUUUGGUGUCAGUGAGGAGGUCAUGAUUUUGGGAACCUCUCUGUUCGUUCUUGGUUUUGCAUUCGGACCAAUCGUCUGGAGUCCCUUCUCGGAGCUUUAUGGCCGCAAGAUUCCUCUGUUCAUAGGUUUCUUCAUUUUCGCCAUCUUCCAGAUCCCUGUUGCGGUUAGCAAAACACACUAUUCUUUGGAGGCUUUGCAGCAUCAGCUCCCCUUGGAAUUAUUGGAGGCUUGCUCGCAGAAUCGCGGUAUCGCAGUCGCAGUCUUUGCAUCAGCAACUUUCAUCGGCCCUGUGGCAGGUCCUAUCGUAGGAGGCUUCAUCACUAUGAGCUAUCUAUGGACUGCUUGGAUCACACUGAUCAUGGCUGCGUUCUUCGGUACCAUUGGAUUCUUCGUCAUCCCUGAGGUAUACAACUGCCAGUACACCCACAAGCCAUUUCACAACACUGACAUUCUCAGNACUCUUGCCCCUGUCUUGCUUUCUCGCAGAGCAAAGAAGAUCCGCUUUGCCACAAAGAACUGGGCUAUCCAUGCCAAGGCAGAUGAGAACGAGGUCGAUCUGAAAGACCUCGCACAUCGCUACUUGUUGAAGCCUUUCCAGAUGCUUGUCCUCGAGCCCAUUUUGGUUGCAGUCACGCGCUGGCGCUUUGUCUCAGUCUGUAGGCAAGGCCCNGUUUACAUGGGAUUUAUUUACGGCUUCCUAUACCUCUGUUUCGAAGCCUACCCCAUCGCCUUCCAACAAGAACGUGGUUGGAACGCUGGCGUUGGUGCUCUGCCUUUCGCAGCCAUUAUCGUCGGAGUCGCCUUCGGAUCCUGCUUCAUCGCCUAUUUCACUAAGACCAGAUUCGCCAGAAAGAUCGAAGAGACCGGCGAUGUGGUGCCAGAAGAACGAAUGAUUCCUAUGAUUGUUGGUGGUGCUUUGCUCCCAAUUGGCAUGUUCUGGUUCGCCUGGACUUCCAACCCAAACAUCAUCUGGGUUCCUGAAGUUCUCUCUGGCAGUUUCAUCGGUGGAGGCAUUUUGUUGAUUUUCUUGCAAGGAUUGAACUAUCUCAUCGACGUCUACAAAGCCAAUGCCAACUCAGCAAUUGCUGCAAACACUUUCUUCCGUUCGUGGUUGGGAGCUGGCUUCCCCAUGUUCGCAACAUACAUGUUCAAUAACCUUGGAGUUCCAUGGGCCAUGUCCCUCCUCGGCUUCCUUACACUCGCCUUGUUCCCUGUUCCGAUCCUCUUCUUCUUCUACGGCGCGAAGAUCCGUAAGAUGAGUCGCUUCACGAUGUAA